UACCAGCGAUAGGAGUGACGUUCCACGUUUAUGAGUCAGUUCCUGCUGUCGAUGCAAACAGUGAUAAACCCUUUCAAAGUAAAGCCGCGCUGCAGCUCGGCAAACGCCGCGCUCCGGUCGUUUGGGGACAUGAGGCCAACUUUGUUCCAUGUGAGGAAAAAGCAGUGAAGGCAGAGCGAGAGGAUCACCACAAUGGACUGCAGCAUGUCGGAGAAACCCCUGGAAGCUGAAUGGAAGCUCAAAGACGAGGACAAAGGCCUAAAGACGCCGAAGAACGUUGUUAGAAGAAAUACAAAGGGGGAACAUGGAAUGAAUCCAGAUGUUGGUAAAGAUUUGGAUUGCGUGAGUCCCACCAGCGAUGGACUGGACAGUGAGACCCAGGAGCUGGACCCGGUGGUGGUUUGGGUUCCCAGCAAAAGGCACCUGGUCAGCGGGCUGCUGGGCCUGAACUUGUUCCUGCUGGGAAUGGCUCUGGUGGCAGGACAGGCCCUGAACCCGGAGGGCUUGAAGCACGAGGAGCCGGAGGUGUUCAUCGUGCUGCUGAUUGGACUCGGCCUGCUCUGGAUGCUCUGGUACCUGCUGUGGGCCAGGAACCGGCUCGGCAUCUCCCCACAUAAAGACCACCACGCCGGGGGGGUGACGGUCAUGUUGGUCCUCCUGCUUUUUGCUGCAGUCAGUCUCCUGCUGUCCGUCUUCAAGAUGGGCUACUUGGUCAGUCUGAAGGCAUGCAUGCCCACCGUGGUCCUGAUCACUCCAUUCAUGGAGGCUCCCUUCUUGGCUCUACAGACAUAUUUACUGUGGGCUCAUUGUAAAGACUGCAUUCACAAACACAAGCUAAUCACCAGAUUUGGCCUGAUGCUGAUCCUCUCAGCCGACCUGCUGAUGUGGCUCAACGCUGUCACCGACGACACCAUCCACGAGGAGAUCGAGCUGGAGAAAGCAGCCAGAGGCGAGUCCAGCAACGCAACAGCCGACAAAGCAGACGCCUCCUACAAAGCAGCUGAUAAUUCCACCCUGUGCGAGUGCAGUGCAAGCGCAGCCUGUCUCAUCUUCCGAAAAGGCUUCGAGGUCCUGUACCCCUUCAACAUGGAGUACUACCUGAUGGCGGCCUGCAUGGUGUACGUGAUGUGGAAGAACGUGGGGCGCAGCACGGGCCCAGCCCACGGCCACGCGACCCACACGGUCACGCUGCGCGUCGCCUACGGCGGCGGCGGCGGCGUCUACGGCCUCGCGCUCGGAGCCCUGGUGCUCAGCGCCGGAGUCACCGUCUUCGUGCUGUACCAGGUGUGGGUGAGCCACCCCCAGCUCCGGCUCACCGCCUUCCUGCUGUUUUACGGCUACCACCUGGCCGUCAUGCCCGUCAUGUGCCUGUGCUCCCUGGCCGGGAUGCUGAUCCACCGGCUGGAGAGGAGGGCGCGCGAGGCGGCGCACAACCCCACGCGGAACCUGGACGUGAUCCUGCUGGUGGCUGCAGCCGUGGGCCAGUUCACCAUUUCCUACUUCUCCCUGGUGGCAGCUCUGGCGGUGGGGACGGAGGAGCUCCUGGGGGACCUGGACCUGUCCUUCUCCCUCCUCAGCCUGCUGGAGCUCAUCCUCCAGAACAUCUUCAUCAUCGAAGGCCUCCACAGGCACCCGAGCCUGCUGGCCAAGAAGAAGGAGAAGCGGAGGAGCACCGUAUUCAAGCUGAAGAAAAAGGUGAGCGAGCCGACAGAGGAGAGGAAGACGACUGACGUCUCACUGCUAGAAGCUGACGCAACAGCGCCCCCUGCUGUUCAACAGCAAGAUGGGACGAGUCCUUGGACCAAAAGAGCGAUGCAGGAGAUCUGUGCUUUCCUCAUCCUAUCCAACAUCAUGCUGUGGAUCAUUCCUGCCUUUGGGGUCCACCCUCAGUUCGAGAACGGUCUGGGGAAGCAGUUCUUCGGUCUGACCGCCUGGUUCGUGGUGGUGAACCUGGGCCAGCCGCUGGGCGUCUUCUACCGGAUGCACUCGGUGGGAGCUUUGAUGGAGCUGUUCCUCACUGCCUGACUUUGGACGUGAAAACUGCUCCUGGAGAGAAGAGACGAGAGGUUCCUGGAACACGCGGAUGUUUUACUUCAGUAAACAAGCCAAUAAAAUAAUUUAAUACUCAAA